AUGGCCGUUCGUCGGCGACCGCCAAACCCCUCCUCCCCCGGCGAACCCGCUAAAUCCCAGAAGCAAAACCUCAAGGCCUCCGACGCGCUUCCUCUGCCGCUCUACCUCACCAACGGCCUCUUCUUCACGCUCUUCUUCACCGUCGCCUACUUCCUCCUCCACAGGUGGCGCGAGAAGAUCCGCACGUCCACGCCGCUCCAUGUGCUGACGCUCUCGGAGAUCGCCGCCCUCUUCUCCCUCUUCGCCUCUGUCAUCUACCUCCUCGGCUUCUUCGGCAUUGACUUCGUCCAGUCUUUCGUCUCCCCUAACAACGCCCGCGCCCCCCACGACCCCUGGAAUGACGUCGUCGCCGUCGAACAACAACCAAAAAAUGACGUCGUCCGCGUCGCACCCCUCUCCGCCGCAGGCGGCGGCGCGUCGUCGUCGGAAGACGAGGACAUAAUCAAAUCGGUAAUGUCCGGAACGACGCCCUCCUACUCGCUCGAGGCGAGUCUCGGGGACUGCCGGCGAGCGGCGGCGAUACGGCGGGAGGCGUUGCAGAGGACGACAUGUCGAUCGCUGGAGGGCCUGCCGUUGGAAGGCUUCGACUACGAGUCGAUAUUGAGGCAGUGCUGCGAGAUGCCGGUCGGGUAUGUUCAGAUCCCGGUAGGAGUGGCCGGGCCGAUGCUGCUGGACGGCGAGGAGUUCACGGUUCCGAUGGCGACGACGGAGGGUUGCCUGGUGGCGAGCACCAAUAGGGGAUGCAAGGCCAUCCACUUGUCGGGCGGGGCCCAGAGCGUGGUUCUUAAGGACGGCAUGACUCGGGCGCCCGUUGUCAGGUUCAGCUCUGCCGCCAGAGCUGCCGAACUCAAGUUCUUCGUCGAGGACCCUCUCAACUUUGAUUCUCUCGCCGUCGUUUUCAACAGAUCUAGUAGAUUCGCAAGGCUUCAAAGGAUACAAUGCGCAAUAGCAGGGAAGAAUCUGUACAUGAGGUUUACUUGCAGCACUGGAGAUGCCAUGGGAAUGAACAUGGUCUCCAAAGGCGUCCAAAAUGUUCUUGAUUUCCUUCAAAGUGACUUCCCUGACAUGGAUAUCGUUGGCAUCUCUGGAAAUUUCUGCUCAGACAAGAAACCAGCAGCUGUAAAUUGGAUAGAAGGGAGAGGCAAAUCUGUGGUAUGUGAGGCAGUGAUCAGGGAAGAGGUGGUGAGGAAGGUGCUGAAGACGAAUGUGGCUGCCCUAGUGGAGCUUAACGUGCUCAAAAACCUUACUGGUUCUGCAAUGGCUGGUGCUCUUGGUGGAUUCAAUGCCCACGCCAGCAACAUUGUUUCUGCAAUUUACUUAGCCACUGGGCAGGACCCUGCUCAGAAUGUAGAGAGCUCUCACUGCAUCACCAUGAUGGAAGCCGUCAACAAUGGCAAGGACCUUCAUGUCUCAGUCACCAUGCCCUCCAUUGAGGUGGGAACAGUUGGAGGAGGAACACAACUUGCAUCCCAAUCAGCCUGCUUGAACCUAUUAGGUGUGAAAGGAGCAAGCAAAGACUCUCCUGGUUCAAACUCAAGGAAAUUGGCCACCAUUGUAGCUGGCUCUGUCCUAGCAGGGGAGCUCUCACUCAUGUCAGCCCUGGCAGCUGGUCAGCUGGUCAAGAGCCACAUGAAAUACAACAGGUCUAGUAGGGAUGUCUCAAAACUUGCUUGCCCCAGCUAAAUAUGGAAAGAAUUAAAAACCAAACCCCCUUUGAAUCUUGAUGUAUGUAGCCAGCAAGACAAAUUAAUUUAAGCUCACAAAAGGACACUUUUGGGGGUUGUGGGUUGGGGAGAGAACAUGCAUGGUGGGUGUGUCACAUGUGUUAGAGAAGAAUUUUUGUAUAUGGGGUGAGCAAUUUCAAUGGAGAAAAGAAAAGAAAAAAAGCAAAAAGCCUCUGUGCAUGGUCUUUUUCCAAGAUGUACUGAGAGCCUACAAUUAUUUAGUGUGGGUGGGGGCAGGAAACACAGAGAGAGAGAGAGAGAGAGAGAGAGAGAGAGAGAGAGGGAGAAAGAGAGCAUAGGAAAUGUUGGUUUUUAUAUCUUUGUGGUUGUGAGGAGCAAGAGGCCCCCAGUGUUUGUUGGUAGUAGUAGCUGGCUGUUGUUGUAAUCUUUGAUUAAAUUGUUUGUUGUUGUUGUUAAUUUGCCUUCUAGUUUGUAUUUUUUAAUUAGAGGAUUAAAUCAAACAUCUCCAAAAUGGGUUUUGUCCUUUUUGGCUCUGUAUAUUAUUAUUAGCAUUAUCAUAUGCUAUCAGGUUGGGAUUAAUGAAUCUUAGGUUAGCUUGCAGUUGAUGCA